AUAGACGAGCGAGUUCUCUAGUAUUAAGUAUUUUGUAAUUAAUGAUCUCGAAUAAAGUUAACUCGUGCUUCGGAAAUCACUUUGGGAAAGUGUGGUGGAAACUGCGUACGAGAAAGAACGAUAAACAGAAUGACACAGUGAGGAUGGUGGGGACACUGCUGAUCGGGGCAGAUCGAGGCGCGAUCAUACUCAUUCUAUGUUUCGUUCCAAGUUACGAGGGUUAGAAACACUUCCCCGAGUGAUUGCUGUCUUUGCUGUUCAGCCACUUACAAUUAGAAAAUCUUCACGCCCUGCCAGUUUAUUACAAGCUAAUUACAAUUUCUGCAAGAUGUCAGAGAUAACUGAAAUUUCUAGCAAUAAAAUCUUUGGAGGAUGGCAAAAGAUUUACACCCACAACAGCUCAGAGCUAAAAUGUAAAAUGAAUUUUGGAGUUUUUCUACCGCCGCAGACGGAGGAGGGUUCGGUACCUGUUAUUUAUUGGCUUUCUGGAUUAACUUGUACAGAAGCUAAUUUCAUACAAAAGUCUGGUGCACAAAAGUAUGCUGCUGAACAAGGUGUCAUCAUUGUUGUACCUGAUACUAGUCCCCGAGGACUUAAUAUACCUGGACAAGAAGACAGCUGGGAUUUUGGAACUGGUGCUGGUUUCUAUGUUGAUGCAACGAUGGAUCCAUGGAAAAAUAAUUACAGAAUGUAUUCUUAUGUUACAAAAGAAUUACCUGCAUUGAUUAACGAAAAGUUUCCUACCAUCCCUGAGAGACAAUCUAUUAUGGGACACAGCAUGGGAGGACACGGAGCUCUUAUUGCAGCACUGAAAAGUCCUGGACAAUACCGAACAGUGUCUGCAUUUGCUCCCAUUAGCAAUCCUAGCAAGUGUCCCUGGGGACAAAAGGCUUUCUCUGGUUAUCUGGGUGGAACACAUGGUGAUAUCGCUUGGAAGGAGUACGAUGCUGUAGAACUGACAAAAAAGUACAAUGGACCACCUUUGGAAAUUCUAAUUGAUCAGGGUACAGAAGACAUUUUCUUGAAACAAUCGCAGCUGCUACCUGAGAAUUUAUUGGCAGCAGCUAAGGAAACUGAGUUACGUUUAAUUCUGCGAUUGCAAGAAGGUUACGAUCAUAGCUAUUUCUUUAUAGCAACCUUUAUCGAAGAUCACAUUAAGCACCAUGUCAAACACUUGAAAAGUUAAAAUACCUAGAUGAUUAUUCUUAAUCCUGUUCCUCCUGUGUCUUUCCUCCCUUUUGUUUUGUUUUUUUUGUAAAAAAAGUGGACUUUGAUUUUGUGCUUAGUCAGUCUGAGAAAGGUAACAGAUAUAUUUUUAUAAUUAUUACUUAUACCCUCCCCCAUAGAAUGCAGAAUUCCCAUAACAUUUUUCUCUGUGGUUAAUUACAUUUAAACAUGGUGUUAAAUAAUUAAAGGUUCAACAAUAAAAAUA